AAUACUUCCGGUCUGUGUGAGAAAGGCGGAUUCGGCGGCCCUACAGAGGGAACAAAGGACGAUUGACUGAGUUAACCAGUAUAAAAAUGGCCUGUUCCCCAUAACCCAAUCUGCAGCCACGAUGUCAAAACGACCAUCCUACGCCCCUCCCCCUCCCCCCGCCCCAACAACACAAAUGCCUUCCACCCCUGGGUUUGUGGGCUACAACCCUUACAGCCAUCUGGCCUACAACAACCUCCGGCUGGGAGGGAGCUCCGGAGGCUCCAGCAGGAACUCCUCAGGCAUCACUGUCCCAAAGCCUCCCAAGCCUCCAGACAAGCCACUGAUGCCUUACAUGCGGUACAGCCGGAAGGUAAGCAGGAAGGUAUGGGACCAAGUGAAGGCGUCCAAUCCAGACCUGAAGCUGUGGGAGAUUGGGAAGAUUAUCGGAGGCAUGUGGAGAGACCUGACCGAUGAAGAGAAACAGGACUACCUGAAUGAGUACGAGGCUGAGAAGAUUGAGUAUAAUGACUCUUUGAAGGCCUACCACAAUUCCCCAGCCUACCUGGCUUACAUCAAUGCCAAGAACAGGGCUGAGGCCGCAAUGGAGGAGGAGAGCAGGCAGAGGCAGAGUCGUAUGGACAAAGGCGAGCCAUACAUGAGCAUCCAGCCCGCUGAAGACCCUGAUGACUAUGAUGAUGGGUUUUCAGUGAAGCACACAGCAGCCGCUCGCUUCCAGAGGAACCACCGGCUCAUCAGCGACAUCCUCAGUGAGAUUGUGGUGCCUGACGUCCGCUCCGUGGUCACCACAGCCCGCAUGCAGGUCCUCAAGAGGCAGGUCCAGUCUCUUAUGGUGCACCAGAGGAAGCUGGAGGCAGAACUUCUGCAGAUCGAAGAUCGUCACCAAGACAAGAAGAGACGCUUCCUGGAGACCACUGACUCAUUCAACACUGAACUCAAGCGGCUGUGCAGUCAGAAGGUGGAGGUGGACAUGGAGAAGCUUGCAGCAGAGAUGGCUGCUGCUGAAGAGGCAGCCCGGCGCCGGGCAGAGGAGAGGGAGCGCGAGGCCGCCGAGCAGGCGGAGAAAGCUGCUCAGCAGGCUCAACAGCAGCAGCAGCAGGCAGAGCAGAGCAGUGCUAAUGCUAAAAGCACAGCUAACCCCACUUCAGGGACCAAGGAGGAAGACAUGCCCCCACCAGUGGCGACAGAUAAAGCAGCACCUGCAGAGACCUCUUCAGAACCACAUCCUGCUCCACCUCCCGCAUCUGAUCCUCCCUCUUCUGCCUCUGAUAAAGCAACUCCUCCCCCUGAGCCUCCCAGGGAAAGCAGCACUCCAAGCAGCAGCACCCCGAGUGACGACAGCAGCAGCAGCAGCAGCAGCAGCAACAACAACAGCAUGCCCGCUCCACCCUCAGACAGCACCCCUGGAGUAGCAGCCCCAGAACCCCCAGUGGCCCCCGAAGCUAAUUCCAGUGCAGCUAACCCUAACGUCGUGUCCGCAGCACCUCCACCUCCCCCUGCCUCAGAAGAACCAGCUCCUCCUCCACCACCACUACUACCCCCUAGCCAGAGCAGCCAACAGUAUGAUAUGUAAUAGUCGGUGUGUUAGGUACACAGUGGUAGCUGUAGAAAUCCUCCCUGUGCUGCAGCCCCCCACCUCUGGAUGGAGCGGCAGGUGUGGAAGAAGUGGGAUUUGUAUGGUGGCUUUUAACACACAGUGCUGAAUGGCUGAGGGUCUGUUAGUAAGUUCAGCAAAUAGUUAACAUGUAUUUCAAACACGAGCUACUGUAUGUAGGGUUUUCAUCAACUAGCUUCAUGCAUCUGGACCAAACAAGGGGAAAUUACGAUUUUGCUUAAAUCUGCGCAUGUUUCCUUUAAAUUUAUUCAGCAAAUGCGAGUGGGUUCAGUGACAUGUCACCAAAGAGUACAAGAUUUGACCAGACUGUGUUUGUACUCCAGGCAUCAUACGGGCCGUUCUUCUUUUCUAAUUGUGUCACUGAAAGGAUUUUUUUUUUCUUUUCUCAUUCAAAAUAACCUCACACAGACUGAUGCUAGAGGGAUGUUACACUGCAAAUGGUUAGCAAUAACCCUACUAGCUGCUGGGACAUCAUUGUACAGGUAUCUCACUCAACACCUUACCUAAUCUGCUCCUGCUUAUUGUCCAAAAUCCAUCUGUUACCUCAGAUACAUUUCCAGUUGUCAGGGUCCACAUUCACAAUGUUGAUAGUAAUGCUGAUUCUGAAUAGGGCUGCAACUAACCAUUAUUUUCAUUAUGAAUUUAAUGUGGUGGUUAUUUUCUCAAUCUAUAAAAUAUUUGAAUUCAAACUUCCCAGGGUCCACAGCAACAUCUUGGUUAUCAGGGCACAGUUAAAUGUUGCAGAGGUUGGGUGAGCCCAGCAUUCAUGUUAAUCACUGGGCCCUGUGCCAUCAUAAAUCCUCCUGCCCCAUGGAAGGGAACACCAUUCUUUCUCCCUGACUGGCCGCACCUUUAAACUUACUUGAAGUGAUAGUUGGGGUUAUUUGAUGUGGGGUUGUGUGAAGCAUUUAUCUAUAGUCGGUGUGUUGCCUGCAGUAGAUUCAGAUCGGCGAUCUGCCAGGUUUUGAGAAGCAGUCCCCCAGCACAGAUGCUGAGCGAUGAGCUGCUGCAAAGUAAAUGUGUUUCAGCUACUUUAAAAAAAAAUGCUCACAGAAAAAGCUAAUAUCAGUUUAAUUGUUGCUUUAAUUUGAAAGUUUUCACAGCUUUAUCUGCCGUCAAACAGCCCUUUACUUUAGAACUACAGUUUGUGAACCAUUGAACUAUAUUACUAUGCACAAGUGCAAUCUGCAGAUCAACUGUUUGAGUCAUAAACGGCUAAGCAUAGGUGCGUAUGUGCGUAGGAAUACAGUAGUUCAACAGUUGAAAAAUAUUUAGUUUCAAAGGAAAGGGCUGUUUGACGGCAAAAUAAA